UGAGAAGAUACUUGAUGCAGGACAGCAAAGUAAACAGCACUCUUAAGAUUGGGGUAUCAAUGCGUCAAGUGGAUGGUGAUAGGAAUUUUACAACGCCCCCUUUAAAAUCGGCCAUGGUCUUCGGUGGCAUCACAGGCAUCGUUUCUGCAGAACAGACCGAUCCUGAUGAUUUGGGUCCACUACCAUCUAUCAACAUGCAAAGUAGGGAAACUGCUGACAUGCAGGAUAUGUACCGCCGGACUUUGGCUGCUUCUUGCAACUCUCGCUCUGACGACACACCUGCGGAUAAGCUAGUUGAGGACCUUUUCUCGGGAAGCAUUAGCUGGAGCAAUGAAGUCUAUGGUCUUCAAUCGGCCGCGGCCAAGGAAGCUGACCGUCUUCCAUCCACCGGUGCAGCUACGAAAAGUACGGCGGCGAAUAGACUGUCACCCAGUUUUGAAAGACGACCGAAAAGCUCUUCUAGCAAUCAGUUCCGCAGUGACGGUAAAUUGCCGGAAUUCAGUUCGAGAGUUGGCCACAGCAGGAAGCGAAGCAGCAUUGAACAUCAACUUUACGGUACUGCGAAGGGCAAUGCUUGGAAGAACCGCAGCAAUGAUCACGAACUCUCGGAGUUUGAUGUUCGGGAGGAUUUAAGGAGCUGGGAGAUUGGUGUUAAGGAUUGAUGGCAGAAGAUGUUUUUCAGAAUCAAUUCUCCAGGCUUGAAAGUUGAGAGCUUCAACAUUCGCUCGCCGAAAAGUUACUCACAAAGUGCCAUUCCCCCCACCUUGGUGUCCCAGAUGCUUUCGCGUUCUUCAAAAGGUGUCGCGGGGCUUCUGAGCUGCCCGAUAACCCCUUCCUGCAGGAAAUGCUCGUCACCAUCGGCCCUUCGACUACGCGACGUUUUUGUCCGGUCCCAGCAUACGGACGGCGGCGAACCAGAAAAUGAUAGCCCAGAAAGCCCAGAAAGCCCAGAAAGCACAGAAUAUCGACCACCCCGAUACAGACGCAGGUUAAAGCAUCUGACAAAACCAAGAAGAGAGAAAUUUGACAAGGUACCGAUCGAUGUGUCUUCCUUGGGAAAUCCUGGUGAAGUAGUUGUCGUACCGCAUCCAAAACGUCGCCGCUUUCUCGACUUCAAAGAUUCGAAAGAGCACACCGACGAAAACACGAAAGAUGCACUGCCGUUUAUGCUGUAUGAUAUAGAGAACACCGAAGACAUCCUCGAUAGCGAUCUAAUUACGGAGCGAAUCGAAAGUUUCCGCACACCUUAUCGUCCGGGAGAUAAAUUGAGUACCGCCGAUUGGGAGAAUCUUCGGUCAGAUGUCCAGACGUCGUUCACAAUCCAGCAACUGUCGGACUACAUUGAGCAGUUUAAGGCAGACGGCGCCGUGUCGGACGAAGGACUAGUACUUGAUGGAGGACCAAAACUUGCGCAAUGGAGGCCGGGUACUUCGGCGUUUUAUGAAACGGAGUCGGCCCCCCAGGUGGGAGCCGCUAAAAGAGUUGCAACUUCGCUAGAUCUCAGAGGCAAGUAUCUGCUCACUGAGCGGAUACUCCGCGAUUGCUGGCACCUUGGGCUCAUUGGCGAAGUCGGUCAGCUGGAUAUUCGUCUGCCCGCCCAUACACUGUCGUUAUUUUUACACUCCGAACACUUUUCCUUCGAGGAACUCGCUGGUCUUCACGAUGCGAAGAUUGAUAUCACCCAUUCGCUUGGCCUUGUUCGCAUCACUGGAAAGCUGCAUUCUUGUGAAUUCAUCCGUGACAUCAUAUACGACGCCACGACCAGGAUACGAGAGGAGGAUCUUGAACUGUACCCUCCCGGGGCCACCCCAAAAGGCAAAAACCGUGUUUUCACUGCCGAUUUCUUGUCAUGGGUCAGCAUGACUUACGGUGUCUCAUUCGACCUGACCUCCACUACGCCAACUAAGAUGUUCUACCUUGUCGAAAACAAGCCGAAAGCAGAGAGCGCUCGGAGGACACUGAAUCUGGCAAUUCACGAUGCCACACAGCCUCCGAUACCAUUCGGUACUUACAUGGCAGCCUCAGAGCCCGUCGACACCUACGACAUCAACCCGGAACUCAAUGUAUCAUGGUUUGAUCGACAGAAUACAUGGUUCCGCUGGGCCGUACCAUCGGCGCAAACAAUCUCAUCAAGCAUGUCAGACACACCAUUCUUCAAUCAACACGAAACGCGCCUAUCAGGCGAACUCCUCAAACUUCUGCGCGCAAGAGCUCGCACUAAGAUCGGCAACGCCGCAGCCCACGAGAGCAUAACAGCAGCAGUCGGCCGGUGCCUCUUCCAGCACAAGCCGUUCGAAGGAAAGGCCAUCACCGCCGCCCAGCUGGGCAAACUGGCACCUCCGCGGACCUUCACAACCGACAUUCCCCGAGUAAUCCCGUUCCUGCACCAGCUCGCCGCAGACUACCCAGAGGAAGAAAUCCAACCACACCGUCUCCGCCUAGUCCCAUCCGCAGUCCACGCAAACAUAUUCCCCCAGCUCGAGCUCGAAGUCGCCAUAGCCCCAGGAGGCUUCGAGUCCGAAUACAACGUGCAAAACGCCAAAGCAAUCCUAUCCCAAAGCAGCGUCGACUACCUCCUCCCCGAAUGCAGCCUCGAUCUCCGCUUCACUCGACAAUUAACCCACGAUGUACUGGACAGCUUCGGCGAGGACGGUCCCCUGGUACCACUCCAGGACUCCCUGCGGGACUUCUUCUCCAAAGCGGUGAUCUACGAGGGCGAGACUCCUCUUCCGGCCUUUUCUCAGCUCUCAAUCCCCAAUCAUCUCUUGGUUGAGACGGGCGAAGAACGCGAUCCCGAUGGCUUCACUACGGCGGAGUACAUGUAUCUGCCUGUCAACGAUUUCCGGGGCACGCGUCUCCAUCAGUAUGAUUAUGAGGGCCACAGACUUAACUACUCUUUCUACGAGAGUGGGCCUUUUAGUUCUCAUCGUACGACGGACAUCUUCUUGGAUAUGGAUGUGGCUGGCUCGUCGGAACAGAAUGCUGACUCCCAGGAACCUGUCCAGCAAGAGUUUAGUUCUUUCUAUAAAGCGGCCUGCUCUUUGGCGUUUGACUUGGAUAAAUCCGGUCGUGCGAUGUGA